AUGAACAGAGAUACUAGAGAGUUAGAAAAUGGCAAGAAACGGAUGAAUCGCGUGCUGAUGCAAACGAAAGUAAUCGAAUAUAAUUCGCGACGACCGUGCAACUCUCGGUAUUGUCGGCGUCUUUGGGAUUUCGGUGACGACGUAUUAUUAACAUUAACGAUAAUGUGAGAAGCCAGAGCGAAGCAGAAAGGGGGGUAAGAGUUCGGCGAACGGAACGGCCAAAAACUCUUGCAGGCGAUGUCAAACAUGCGGCGACGAAUUUCGCAGGGAAGUCUACCAGAUCGACGGCGUAUUUCGGCUAAGAUUUAUCAGUGAAACUAGUGCCAAUGAGUGUGAAUAUAUGGCGGCGCGAGUACUUUUACUGAGCAUCUUGUUUACAGAAGUGCUAAAGCCCGCUUGUGCCGCAGGUGUCAAAGAAAUUGGAACUGGUCUACCUAACAAAAAUUUAUCAAAAUCAGAAAACUUCAACAUUAGUCCAACCAAAGGUUCAAGCAUAACGUUAGAAAUUCAACCUAGUGGUCAUGUGAUAUUAGGGAAAAAAGGAGUUACACUUACUUGUAUAAGUGGAUCAAAUCAAAAUAUUUCUUGGUUAUACAAUGGAGCACCAGCACCACCAUGUGGUAUUGCACGUUGUACUCUUCUCAGAAAUGGUUCUCUUCACUUACACAAGAUGGUGCAGAAAUUUAAAGAGAAAAACGCUACUACAGUUAACUUCAAAGAUUAUUACAAAGAUGAAUAUCGUUGUGUAACACGUACUAAUUUAGGAUUUUUAAGAUCAUCUCCUACAUUUAUUCACAUAGCAGAACUUGCCCAUGUAUUUAAAAAAUCACCAGAAGAUAUAACUGCACAAGAAGGUGAAAUUGCAAGAUUAUCUUGUUUAAUAGAUAGUAUUCCUUUUCCUCCUAAUAUCACAUGGCAACAUAAUGAAAAAAUAUUGUUGCCCAAUCAGAGUAAUUUAAAAUGCAUAGUAAAUAAUGAAUUCCUAAAGAAAACCAAAAAAAGUAAAGAAGCAAAAUUAACUGUUAUUUCACGACCAGAGGGUAAUGGAUCGUAUAUACCACCAUUGUUAUUUCCACAAAUUUCAUAUAAUCAUUGGUUGUUAAAUGGAUCGAAUCUUAGUUUAAUAUGUGCUGCAUCUGGAUAUCCACCACCGCUUAUAACGUGGUCAUUUAUUCCUCGCUAUAUUGAGUAUACAAAUUUAAUGAUUUACAAAUUUUUAGAUAAUCAUAAUGUUGCACAACCUCGCAUUUUGCUUAAUUCUAGUAUUGGUAUUAGUAUAUUGUCAUUAGUAAAUGUGAGUGCAUCUGAUGCAGGAGUUUAUGUAUGCUCUGUAAAAAACUUUGUUACAAAUAAUGUGGAAAUUCAAAAUAUAACAGUGGAUAUAUUAAUACCACCGUCAUUUGUGAAAAUACCUACAAAUCAAGUAUGUCCAAAUGGGAGAACUGCAAGAUUUGAAUGUCAAGCACAAGGGUUACCUGUGCCUAAAAUAUAUUGGUUAAAAGAUUCAUUGAAUAUAACAAUUAAUGGACGUAGGACGAUAUAUAUAAAAGAAUCUAAUAAAAUGGAACUGGCAAUAUCAGCAACAGUUCCAUCUGAUUCUGGUAUUUAUCAAUGUGUUGCUGUAAAUUCGGCAGGAGAAAUUUGGGCCGCAGGUCGGCUUCAAGUGAACACGUCUCGUAACAGUCCUGCUGCACCUACCUCUUUGAAAUGUCGUGCUCUGUCACCCGUUAAAAUUUUUAUUUCCUGGGAACCACCAAAGUCUCUAUCACAUAGCAGUAUUAAAGCUUAUACCGUCCAUUAUAGUCCCGUAGAAGGAGGCAAAGAAGAAGUUUCCCCUCCUGAACCGGGUAAUUCUACGUCAGUAGAAGUGACAAAGCUUCUUGAACCAUAUACUAAUUAUUCCUUCUACAUACGAGUGUGGAACAAUUAUGGUCCUAGUGAUCAAUCAGCCACCAUUUUGUGUUCUACAGCCCCAAGUGUUCCUAAAGGUGCACCAAAAGUAAACGUGAAUAUACUUAGUAGUACAAAGUUAAAUGUAUCAUGGGAGCCGUUAUCCAAAAAGGAGUCGCGUGGUGUUGUGGUACAAUAUAAAUUACAGUGGAGACUGCAUGAACAUCCAUCUUCUCGGGUUCUUCAUUUACCCGCCGACGUGGAAUCUUAUGUAUUUUCUGAUUUAACACCUGGAGCACAGUACGAUCUACGAGUAUUAGCCAGAACAAAACAAGGUUGGCCUAACAUAAGCGAAUCACAAUUGGAAUGGACUACUGUAACCAUGCCAUCUGUUGAACCUAAUCAAUUUAUUAUCAAAAAUGUUGUGGACGUACAAGUAUUAAUGGUAAAUGCUUCAAUUGUGAAGAUGAAAUGGAAAAUAAAUGUUAAAGAAAAUAACAGAAUUGAAUCGGAAUUUGAUCUUUGGCAAAUUUAUUAUGAGAAUCAAAAUGGACAUAAAUUAGGAACUAUUUUUUUACCACAAAAUGUUACCGAAUAUGUAUUUACUAAUCUUGAUGUAAAUGUUUCUUAUACAAUGGGCUUAUGUAUGAUAAGUUUUAAUAAAACAACAGGCUGUUUAACAAAACAAAUUGAGACUAUUCAGCCUAAUACAAAUAAUGUACCAAUGGCCUUGGAAGCAAUUCCUGUUUCCCCUACUUCUAUAAAUGUUACGUGGUCCUUAAAUGGCGUUCAUGAAGUGAGCUCUUUUGAAUUAUGUUAUCACGCAAUUCAUGUCGUAAAUUCAGAUGGCCCUAAAUGUUCUAUAUUGAACGAUACGAAAGCAAGUAUUGAUAAACUCAAACCAUUUACAUUAUAUCAAUUUAAAGUAAGAGCCAUUCAAAAUAAUACAAACCAAAGCAAUUUUUAUAGCGAAUCUGUAGAAUGUUAUACGAAUGAAGAUAUUCCUGGCAAAGUAGAAGAAGUACAAUGGUUUUUAAUAAAUAAUACAAAAGUACGAAUUGCAUGGAAGGAACCAAGUAAUAUAAAUGGUAUAAUACAAAAUUAUUUCGUUAUAUAUACCAUGGACUUAAUGGAUUCAGCUACAACAUGGAGAAAUGUGACGGUACCUGGUAAUAAAACUUCGACAACUUUACCUGGUUUAACUCCAGGAAAACGGUAUUUUGUUAUGGUACAAGCUACAACAAAGGCCGGUUAUGGUAAACCGUCAGAUCCUAUAAUCAUUAUUACUGGCGGUUCGGUAAAAGUACCAAGUCCACCAGAUGAACAAAAACCACCACAAAAUACAAAACCUGAUCAAAGUCUUGGUGUAAUUCUUGGUGUAAGCAUAAGUAUUGGAUUUAUUACCAUUUGCUUAUGCAGUAUAUAUUGUCGAAAAAAAUGUGAAAAUGCGCGUAUUUUGAGAGAAACUGCGCAAUCUACAAAAGGUCGUACUUCGAUUCGGAAUGGAAAUAGAUGUUGCACGGAUCAGUCUUCUACAUCAGUGAGUCAACAGAUGAAUACUAGAGUGACACCUAAUGAAAUUGAACUUGCUGUUCUUUGUCCUACUUCUCCAAUCACAACUAAUCCACAUUUGGAUACGAAAGGUGGCAAAUCUAAUGGAAUUCUUGAGUCUUGUGUGAAAGAGCCUUUAUUACCAUCAUGGGAAAUCAACGGUGAACCGAAAGAUAUUCAUGUAACAAAAAAUUCUCAGUACAAAACAAGAGACAGUGUUGUCUUGAGUACACAAAAGCAAGAACAAGAACCAGAACAAGAUCUAGAUGGCACGCAGCUUACAGUGGUCAAUUGUACUUUAGGCAGUAGCAAUAGCAGUUUAAAUAACAAUUCUGGUUGUCCAGAUGGAGAUACGUCCUUACCAAAAUCUAUGUGUAUAUCUGUUCCGGCACUUGGACCAAAUGGAUGAAACCAUUAGGCAAUACAUCUGAGUGUUCAUAUUUUCCUCCUAUGCUCUCGUGCAACAGGUAGGAUGUAAAAGUUUUCGUGCAACUCGAAUCAUUUAAUUGCAACUUGUAUAUAUACAGACAUAUACUGUAUGUAUACAUACAGUAU